AUGGGUAACAGAGAGGAUAAGGAAAAACAACUCAAACUUUCGUUAACGUACAAAGGUAUGAGUAAUUUAUAUUUGGCAUGUCAAUCUGGUAAAACAGAUAUUGUUCGACAAAUCUUAGAAAAAUGUUCAUAUCACGAUUUAAAUCAAAUUGAACCGAAUGGUAGUACACUAUUACAUGCUGCUGCUAUGAAUGGUCAUCAAGAUAUUGUUCGAUUGUUAAUUGAACAUGGCUGUCAACGUUCAGUUGUCAAUGCUGACCGUUUGACAGCAUAUGAAUUGGCACCCAAUGAUGAAGUUCGUCGACUCUUUCAUCGUCCAGCUAGUAGUAGACGUGAACGUUUUCAUAAUGAUAAUGUUGACGAUUGCUUUGAAAUUGUUAAUGAAUUAGAAGAAGAAUCGUCGCUUCCAUCGGAUAAAGCUGCUUCUAUUGAAAGAAAGGAAUCAGUACAAAAGUACAAAACGUCGGAAGAAAAGCGUCAUGAAAUGGGUUAUGCCGCCUCAUCAAAAGCCAUGUGUCGAUCGAAACUAGGUCGUCUACUAGUCGAUUAUGUUCAUGAUGAUGCACCGUUAGAAUUAGAAACAAUGGCCAGACAUUUGAAAGAAAUUGUUGAUCGAGAAGUAGCCAAGAAUGAUGAUUCAGAAUGGGAAAAAGCCAAUGACUUGCUAAAUAGAUUCAUUAACCAUAAUGAUCAUUCAAUUGAACAUUUGUUUCAUUUGUAUACACUUGAAACACGUUUCUAUCGUGUAUUGAAAAAUGAUUCUAUUCCGCUGGCUAUUCCUAUCUAUACUAAAUUGCCUAAAUUAAAAGAACGCUAUUUUCAGGGACAAUCAUAUCGUGGAGCAUGUAUGACAGUCAGUGAUUUAGAAGCUUAUGAGUGGGCUGUCCAACAUCCUGGAAGUCUUUUACAAACCACAAAUUUCUCGUCAACGUCGCUUAAUCGUCAAAUAGCAGAAGAAUUUAUAGCGACAAGUGAAAAGAAUACCAAUAAACGGACUGUGGUGUUUAUUUUUCAUUUUCCAAAAAAAUGCGAUCAAGCUAUUAACUUGGGUAAAAUAUCAGAUAAAUUACCGUGUUUAUCCGAAUAUGAAGAUGAAGCAGAAGUAUUAGUAUUGCCAUGGACAUUAUUCGAAGUAAAGAGUGUUUAUAAAAAUGAUGAGAAUGACACUUGUUCGAUUUAUCUACGAAAUGUUUUGAUUCCACAUAAAUCUCUAUUGUCAACGUUUCUUUGGACAGCUAGACAUUCGCGUGAGCGUGACUGUGCAUUUCAAAAAUAUAAAUCUAAAAAAUAA